ACACCAGAAUUUGUCCGGUCGGUUGGUACCAGUGCCAAGGCCACAGGAAGUGCAUCCCGCAGAAGAAUGUCUGUGAUGGGUGGAAUGACUGUGUUGGAGGUUCGGAUGAGCUCAACUGUCCCUGCGCCAGCAAUGAGUUCCGCUGCACCAAUGGCAUGUGUAUACUGGAUAAAUACAAGUGUGACUAUGACAGUGACUGUCCUGACCACUCGGACGAGAUUGGCUGCAACAAAACCUGCGAUGAUCUGGAGAUUUCUGGGGUUAAGCACCAUGGCCUGGUGCCCUGCAACACAACGUCCAUGUGUAUCUACCCUAACUGGAUCUGUGACGGCAGCAAUGACUGCUGGGACAACAAUGAUGAAGCAAAUUGCCACAAUGUUGACCCUGGCAGCUGUGCAGAGAAUGCCUUCAGAUGUACCAACGGCAACUGUAUCUUGCCUCAGUGGAGAUGUGACAAGGAGUAUGACUGUGCAGAUGCUUCUGAUGAACACGGCUGUGUUUACGUCUGUGAUGCCGAUCAGCACACCUGCAGCGAUGGCACCUGUUUCCCCCUGAGCUGGGUGUGUGAUGGUCACGCUGACUGCCCAGACCAGUCUGACGAACCUGAAAACUGCACCCAACAGAACUGUACCAGAGACCAGUUCCAGUGUCCUACUGGCCGUUGUAUCUCCAGUGAUUGGCUGUGUGAUGGAGACUACGACUGUCCCAAUGGGGAGGAUGAAAGAAUGGAUGAUAAAGCCAAAUGUGCCCCGACCGAAUGUGCUGCAGAUCAGUUCCUGUGUUUGAACCGGCGCUGUAUCAAAACUACUUUCUACUGCGAUGGGGAGAAUGACUGUGGUGACAGUUCAGAUGAGCCAGAUACAUGUGUGUAUGGACAGUGUCAGGAGGAUGAGUUUGAGUGCCAUGCGGACAAGAGAGUUCGGUGCAUCAAGCAGUCCAAGCGCUGCAAUGGCUGGUUUGACUGUCCUGACCACUCAGACGAAAAAGACUGCCCCAACACUACCCCUCAGCCUACAAAUGUUUGUGAGAAUAGUACCUACUUUCAGUGCAGCAACAACAUGUGCAUCAAGGAAGUGUUGGUCUGUAAUGGCAACAAUGAUUGCAGUGAUAAUUCUGAUGAACCGUCCAACUGUGAAAUCAACGAAUGUAGCUCCAAGCGGCCCGUCUGCAGCCAGAUCUGUGUGGACAAGAAGAUUGGCUAUGAGUGUCAGUGCCACCCAGGCUACCAGCUGGAGCAGGAGAGUUUGAGUAACAGGGAGAUCUCACCAAACAAAAAGUGUAUGGACGUCAAUGAGUGUGCUACCGUGUUGCCCUGCAGCCACUACUGUACUAACACAGUGGGCUCCUUCAAAUGCAGCUGUGCUGAUGGGUACCGGCUGCUGAAAGAUGGCAGAACCUGCAUGGCUAACGGACCUGAGCCUCUGAUUCUGAUCUCCAACCGCUACUACCUGCGUCUGAUCAGCACCACCAACAGAACCAAUACCACGGUGACCACGGCGCUGAAGAACUCGGUGGCUGUGGACUACGACUGGAAGGAGCAGAUGAUUUACUGGUCAGACAUCAGCAGUGACAAGAGCAGUAUCUCCAGGAUGGGCUUCAACUUUACCAGCCGAACCAAGCACAGGGAACAAGAGCAGCUGCACAACAGCACUGUGCGCAACCCUGAUGGCCUAGCUGUGGACUGGAUCGGUCGCAACCUCUACUGGUGUGACAAAACUACAGACACCAUCGAAGUGUCCACACUAGAUGGGAAAUAUCGCCGGAUUUUACUACGAGAAGGUCUGCAGGAGCCCCGGGCACUAGAGGUGUUCCCCCAAAAAGGUCUUCUGUUCUUCACAGACUGGGGAGAUAGUCCACACAUCAGUCGUAUGAACAUGGAUGGUACUGAUGUCCGCAAGAUCAUCAAUGAGAGCAUUGAAUGGCCAAAUGCGCUCACCAUUGACUAUGUUACAGAGAAGGUGUUCUGGGGUGAUGGAGACCUGGACUAUAUUGGUAUGGCAGACUUGGAUGGUCAGAACGCCAGGGUCAUCCUCAGGGACAACAAGAAAACACCGCACGUGUUUGCUUUAACCACGUUUGAAGGACUGCUGUAUUGGACCGACUGGGAAAUUAAAGGGGUCUUUUACUCUUCCAAGUUCUCUGGACAUAAUGUGACUAACAUCAUUGAGCUGGUUCAUCGGCCCAUGGACAUCCAGAUUGUUCAUCCUCUGCGACAAGUACCUCUUGUUGACAGCCAGGGCUUGAGUGUGUGUGACAAGUUAGGCUGUACCCACCUGUGUUUGCUGCGCCCAGGUGAUGAUGGCAUUGGUAUCAAGGCAGUCUGUUCCUGUCCAGAAAACCACUAUCUGGGAGAUGAUGGGCAGUCUUGUGUUUCCAACUGUACCAAGUCCCAGUUCCUGUGCACCUCCAGCUCCAAGUGCAUCCCAUUUUGGUGGGAGUGUGACGGGCAUCCUGACUGUGAGGAUGGCAGUGACGAGCCAGACUAUUGUGAUCGCUACCACUGUGUUCACCACGGCAUGUUCCAGUGCAGCAAUGCAACAUCAGAGAAGGACUGCCUGCUGCCGACACACAUCUGUGAUGGUAUCAAACACUGUGUCGACAACUCAGAUGAGAGCAUUUGUCCGAGUUACACCUGUCUGGAGCACUACAUCAAAUGUCACGCCGACAACAUUUGUAUUCCCAAGAUAAAACAGUGUGACGGAACAAACGACUCUCCCAUGAAUACGUGUUCAAGCAGCCAGUUCCACUGCAAUAACACACGCUGCAUUCCCUAUGUCUGGAAGUGCGACAAUGAUGAUGACUGUGGCGAUGGAUCUGAUGAGCCAAUUACAUGCAAAAGUGACAUGUGCCGCAGCGCUGACUACUUUAAGUGCAGUAGAACCGGACAGUGCAUUCCAGAGAGCUGGAAGUGUGAUGGGGACCAAGAUUGUGGAGAAUCGGAUAACUCGGAUGAGGACCAAGUGGAGUGCCCCAAACCUGUGACCCCACCUUCUUUCGCUGCCAAAACUGGACAUUGCAUCCCCGGUCGCUGGCGUUGUGACUACUAUGAUGAUUGUAGGGACGGCUCGGACGAAGAGGGCUGCACUGCCAGAAACUGUUCAGAAUCUGAGUUCAGAUGUCUCAGUGGCAAGUGCAUACCUGGCAGGUUGCACUGUAAUGGAGUCUUUGACUGUGUGGACCGGAGUGAUGAGCUGGCUUGUAAUCCAAGAUGUGACAAUGCUACCCAAUUCCAGUGUGACAAGAUCCCCUUCUGUAUACCCAAGAAGUGGCUGUGUGAUGGAGACACUGACUGCGCUGAUGGAACUGAUGAGUGGGGUUGUAACCGUGAGUGUUCUGAUGAAGAAUUCAAAUGCAACAACUCCUUAUGUCAGCCAAAGCAGUGGCGCUGUGAUGGUGAUGAUGAUUGCGGUGAUCAUUCUGAUGAAAGGGAGGAAGACUGCGCCAAACAUGCGUGUCCUCCUGGCAGAUUCCGGUGUAAGAACCACACUUGUAUCUGGAACAGCAUGUUGUGUAAUGGUAAACGAGACUGCUCCGAUGGAGAAGAUGAAAACAUCACCAUGUGUGCCGUUGUGAAAAACUGCUCACUUCCCAACUUUCUCUGUGAGUCACGGACACAGUGCUUGCACCCUAAACAAGUGUGUGACAGGAUUCAAGACUGCACUGAUGGCUCAGACGAAGACGGGGACUUUUGUGAUACACUGAAUGUCUCAAAGACAGACAGCUGUAAAAUCUUCAAUGGAGGCUGUCAGCACAACUGUACAGACACACCUUAUGGGCCUCAGUGUCACUGUAAGAAGUACUUUCGCUUGAAUGCGGAUGGGCUUACCUGCUCAGUGGACAACCCAUGUGAUCACCAUGGCACCUGCUCCCAGAAGUGUCUCUUUGACAACAAGAACAUGCAUGUCCAGUGUCUGUGUACCAGCAGAGGAUACACCCAAGUGGUCAACAACACCAGAGCUUGUGUGGCUAACGGUGAAGAGGCUCAAAUGCUGAUUGCAGAAAAGAACAACCUGAUCAUGAGAAGGCAGCUCCACAGAAAUGAAACAGAGACUGUAACUUUGCCACCUAAUGACAGUAUGGUCAGCCAGGUGCUGGCAGUUGAUGUUGACAUUUCCAAGGGCAUAGUGUUCUUCAUCAACCAGACAGGCUCAGAGCAUUUAUUGAUGAGAUCGCAGCUGGUCUUAAAGAGCCCCAAUGGAAGGAUGAAACGUCAGACAAGCCAGAAACCAGCUGAAAUUGUCCACUUGUCUGACCGACACUUCGACGUGACUGGUCUGGCAGUUGACUGGGUGAGUCAGAGCAUUUAUCUGACUGAUGCAAAUGGCAAGGCCAUAUAUAGGUACAACUAUGAAGGUCAGCGAGGCAAGGUCGUUGUCCGUGGAAACACCAGUCCACAGACAGUUGCUGUUGAUCCUAUCAAUGGCUACAUCUUUUGGACUGACCGAGGCUCCAUACCCAAGAUUGAACGAGCCAACCUCGACGGCAGCGACAGAAAAACCAUUGUUUUCUCAGAAGUAUCCUGGCCAAGCAGCAUCGCCCUUGAUCUCUUUGGCGGCUGGGUCUACUGGACAGAUGCUAAAAAACACACAGUAGAAGUUGCCAGAUAUGAUGGGUCAGGCCGCCAGGUGAUCCACACAUCAGCAUGUUUUCUGUCAGACUCCCCUUACUCCCUGGAUGUGUUUGAAGACUACAUCUACGUGCUGACCUACCAGUACAGCCGAGUGUUGAAACUGCACAAAUUCAAGAACUGUACCAGAGACCAGGCUUCCGUCAUGUUCAACACGGCAGCUCAUGCUCGAGAUAUCACCAUCAUACAGGAAAACAAGCAAACAAAGGUGAAAUCCAACUGUUCAGCCAAUGCUUGCAACCCAGAAGAGAACUGUUUCAACAAGCCACAAGAUGAGCAAGGCUUUGUGUGUCUCUGUCCGGACGGGGCUGAGAAAAAGGGCAAGAAGUGUGAGUUUGAGAAACUCAGCUGCGACGGAUACUGCACGAAUGGAGGCACCUGCAUUGUGUCCAAGCUUACAGAGAAACGUAAAUGCAGCUGUAUUAAUGGCUUCUCCGGAGAUCGCUGUGAGCAGCAUGGUUGCACCAAUUACUGCAAGAACGGAGGCAGCUGUCACAUUGACGCAGAGGGGAAACCACACUGCUUAUGUCUGGCAUUCCAUGAUGGGGACAGGUGUGACACUAUCAGGUCGUUGGGCUCUUUGUGCCCACAGGUGUGCAAGAAUGGAGCCGACUGUACUAUUGAGGAUUCUGGCUAUGUUGUCUGCAAGUGCCAGGGUGGCUUCACUGGUAAACGAUGCGACCAGUGUGACGACCUUCACUGCAGCAACGGAGGAAGCUGCUACAAACAGAAUGGCCACUCCCAGUGUGAGUGUCCCCCAGACCUGGACCCCAAGUCGCGGUGUCAGAGUCCACUCAACUGUACCUCAUUGUGUUUGUCAGGAGUUCAGCUGGAGUCAGAGACAUGCAACUGUAACUGCAAGCCCACCUACUUGACCAAGGAUUGUGCCUGUGGACUAGAUUGUGUUCAUGGAAACUGUGUCCUGGAAAAUGGCCAGCCACAAUGUGAAUGCCAUGAGUUGUUUAGAGGACAAAGAUGUGACGUCUGCAAAUGUGAGCCAGCAGGCACCUGCGUGAAAAAUAUCACCGGGGAAUUCUCCUGCAGGUCAGUGGUGUUUCUCCUUUCUCACAAGUCCACACAUAUCUGUGUACAAAUCCACACAUAUCUGUGUACUAUAGGUCUUAUAAGUCGAAGACUAUGCUUUCUCAGUGUAACAUUGUACUGCCUCAGUUUAACGCUAUACUCUUUUCCCUUUUUAACGCUAUACUACCCCAAUGUAACACUAUACUGCUUCAGUGUAACAUCAUGCACUCAGAGUAACAUUAUACUGCCUCAUUGUAACCCUAUAAUGCCUCAGUGUAACUCUAUACUGGCUCAGUGUAACGCUGUACUGCCUUAG